CGGGAGGCGGGGCUCUCGCGGCUUUCGCCGUCCGCCGAGCCGGGCCGAGCCCGUCCGAGCGCCGCGGAGCCCGGCCGGACCGCGUGCCCGAGUCGCCGCCGCCGUCGCCCCGCGAGCGAGCGGCCCCGCGGAGGAGGCGGCGCCCCGGGGGAGGAGGCGCCCGCUCGCCGCAGACCGCCCGCGGCAGAGGCCACCGGGUCGCGCCGCGGCGGGAGCGGCCGGCGGAGGCGGCGUGGCCGAGGGGGAGGGUCGGGGGAGGGAAACGUCGCCCCGACCCGCCUCCCCCACCGCCCGCCCGCGGGCUCUGAGCCCCGGUCGGCGCCCAGCAUCUCGCUGCCCCGGACCCUGCGGCGGGCGCGCACCGGGCUCCGCUCAGGCUCGGGACUGUAGGUGGACAUCUCUACUGCCCAGGAAUCACUGAGAGGGUGGACAGGACCGCCUCCCCAGAAGACCGGCUCUACCAGAGUCCCACCUCGGCAUGGGCCUUGCCAUUGAGUCAACCCCGCUUCUGGCUCCGCUGUCUGUGCUGGUCUGAGGGUGCUGCCCAUCAUGGGGGCAGCCAUAUCCCAGGGCGCCCUCAUCGCCAUCGUCUGCAACGGCCUGGUAGGCUUCUUGCUACUGCUCCUCUGGGUCAUUCUCUGCUGGGCCUGCCACUCCCGCUCUGCCGACAUCGACUCGCUGUCUGAAUCCAGUCCCAACUCCAGCCCUGGUCCCUGCCCUGAGAAGGCACCCCCGCCCCAGAAACCCAGCCAUGAAGGCAGCUACCUACUGCAGCCCUGAAGGCCCCUGGCCUAGCCUGGAGUCUGGGACCUAAGUCCACCUCACCCAGAGCCUGGAAUCAGGAUCCCAGGAUCCAGCCAGCCUGGGGUCCAGAACUCAGAGUCCAGCCUGUCCGGAGCUGGACCUAGCAACCCAGAGUCUAGCCAGCCUGGCUCUAAGAGGGGCUCUGGUGGCCGUGGGUAAACAGGCCCAGGGUGGGGGUUCAUGAGUUGGUGCUAGGGCCUGGGCCAUCUGGACUCUGCUCCAUCUCAAGGGCCAGGGGCUGGGUCCACUCUCUCCUUGGGCCUAGCGCCUCUAGGCCCUCUCGGUUGGGAAAGCAAACUGGAAUCCUUGGCAAUAAUGGGAGGGCGUCCAGGCUGGGCCCCUCCUCUGGUCCUCCCACUGUUUGCUGGAUAAUAAACGGAACCAUGGUUCUACCCUGA